CUGACUGGAGUUUCACUGUUGACUAGCCUAGUCUCAUCACCUCAACCUAUAGAACCUCAAGCUAAGAUAUUGUCGUCGGAGAGAACUGUGGCUCAUAUUGGACACAGCUAUGACGCUUUGAGCAUUUCCAGGGAUGGACAAACAAAAAGUGCUGAACCGGCUGAUCACAGAUCUGCACUCCUUCCUGGUGGUGCUGGACAGUGAGAACCUCAGCUACAUCGCUCAGGCCCAAAAGAAGUCUAUCUCAGAGCUGCUGUCCAAGCUGCAAGACACCCCUGUUGAGGAUGCUGAGUAUAUGAUCAUGAGCUGUCCAUCAGGGUCCCCAAGCAAUGAUCUCAGGGAAACCCAGCUGUCAGGCACAGUUGGUCUGUUCCAGUCAGGACCAGACCCGGACUCAGCCGAGGAGACCUUGUCCUCUGCCUCUACCGAAUGGCUACGGAAAGGGAGCCAGGAGCCGGCGGUACCCCCCCAACCUCCAGAAGGUUUAGAUGAGGACUGCUACGAGGAGGCUGAGCCUUUUGUUCCAGACAAUCCCUCCACAGACAAAGGUGACUCAGACAGCAGUCACUACGAGUCAUACGGUGAGGAAGAUGAGGAGUUUGUGAAGGACCGGGCCCACUACAUCCAGUGGAGUGCUUCCCAGACCUGUCUGCGGCCCACUUCUGAGUCACGCAUCUGUGGCUACCUGUGGAGGAAGAAAUGGCUGGGCCAAUGGACCAAACAACUCUUUCUCGUCCGCAACAAUCUGCUGUUGUGCUACAAAUGUGCCAAGGACCUCUACCCGCUGCUGGAGCUCAACCUGCGGGGCUGCCAGGUGGUUUACAAGUCCAAGCACAACAAGAAGAUGCAGCAUGAGCUCAAGGUUGUGACUGCUUCCGACACAGUGGUGAUGGGCUUCCAGAGCUGUCAGCAGGCGGAGGAAUGGAGGAAGAUCAUUGAGGAGGUGAAGGGCUCCUCCUACUAUGAGCCAGAGUCCCAAAGGUUGCCCUUGUUACUCAAGUGUGACAGACUGGACUCUUGCAGGUCAAGCACAGUCAUUCACACUUCAGACUCGGAUGAAGAGAAAAUGGCGCUGCCCUCUGCUCCCAGCAGUGUGGAAAUGAAGGAUAAAGGGUUCCUGAAUGUGCUGAUGAACUGCCAGUGGCAGAGCCUGUUGUGCCAGGUACAGGGCGGGGUGCUGAAAAUGUUCCGAGACGAGGGCUGUGAAGAGUGCCCUCAGUACACGGUACAGCUGAAAGGCUGCCAGGUUCGACCGGGCCCCGACACACCUCAGGCCUACCGCAUCACUGUGGUUCAACACGGAGACCAUGUGGCAGUACUGGAGGCCAGCUGUGCAGAUGAGAAAGAGCAGUGGUUGCAGCUCCUACAGGACGGGAGUGUAAGCCAGGAUCAGGCUGACUCUCUAUAUGACUCAAAGCCCGCUGGAGCCCUCAGUGGUUUGAAGGAGCAAAGGUUCCCAACCUCAAACAUGUACAUAGAUGACCCCUUUCACCAGCACAGUGGAAGCGGCCGCUCACAACCCAUCUACUCCAACACGGCCAUACUGGAGCACAUGUUCCAGAAUUCCCAUAACAUCGCCAGGGGAGACUCAGUGUCAUCGAAGGAUUCAGUCAACUACAGCAACACUGAUAUCUUUAACAAUCACAGUAGGAAAUCGUGUGAGGUGGAGCGGGGCGUUCAGAAACUGGACUUGACUGGGAAGAGAAGGGUACAGCUGAGAGCUGGGUCAGAGAUGAACCUCAUCACUGCAGGGAAGACCGCCAAAUGUACCUCCUUCAGACAGUCUCUGGCCUUCUGUACAGAACGGGCACAGGGUGGGUUUUUCACCCCACUACUGCGAAGGACUGCCUCCGCUAAAAACUCACUGAAAAGAGCCCCUUCUGCCCUAUUUAUUGAGCAUGGCAAGGUGUUUCAGAGAAAGAAGGAGUGGGAGACAAUGCCUUCUACUUAAUACUAUACUGGCUGUUUCGGUAACAAUUAUCUUGUAUACAUUUCCUAUUUUCUACCAAACAUUUUUGUCAUCAGAAAUGUCAUCCAUCUUGAUGAUAAUACAAUACACUAUACUUUCUUCGCCAAUGGCACCCCUUUCUCUAUUUAGCCCAUAAGGGUCUGGUGAAAAGUAGUGCACUAAAUAGGGAAUAGGGUGCCAUUUGUGACAUGCCCUUAGAUAAACAGGCUUGUUUCUCCAUUAAAACAGCGGCAUUAAUAAGAGAUUCCUGUGAGGUUAAUUCAAUUGAAAACCUUGUAAAGCCUGACUCAGGAAUUCAGGAUUGUCUCUCAGUUUGAGGUGUAACACUUUCAUUGUUUUUCUGUCUUUCAUUUCUUAAAGAACAGUAUGUAUUGUCUAAUUUGUCUAUGUAUGUAUUGCAAUUCAUCAGACUUAACUUUGCACUGUUUUCAUCACUAAUUGAGUUACAAUAAAUACACAAUGUUGAAGUCAUGAAAAAUACAUUAUAUAUGGAUAUGAAUUGAAGUCAUGUUCACCGUAUACAGUUCUGUGGUAUAAUUUAAACAUAGUUGCAGAUAUCUUUUUAUAAAGUGUUUUUACCAUUACAUUUUUACUUAGUAUCACUGAGAUGUUUUACAUUCCUGAAAUAUGUUGUGAUACAGUGACAUCUAUUGUAAUGUUCCCAUGUUUUUAUUAAUAGAGACUUUGUGUAUUAAAUGUUAGGUUGGCCUACUAUUUGCUGUAAACUGACAACUGUGGUAAUCAAACAGUAAUUAAAACAUCUGUGUUUGCUCAAUAAAGUGUUUCUGGGGGAAAUGUUUUGGAUAAAUGUA